AUGUCCCAGCCGCCCUCGGCGAGGCCGUCACCAACGGGUUCCCCUGCUGUGCGGCCGACACCUAACAUCAACCUAGAAAACAUCUACUCGAACCUUGCCGCACUCAUACAGCGUGUAAGAAACAACCAACUCCCGCAGAACCAGGUGUCUCCCCUGCGCAGCCUGAUCUCCUCCUAUGCCAAGGACAUCAUCAUCUUCCAUGCGCGCCUCGGUCGGCCCAGCCCCCUGCUCAACCUGCCUGAGCUGCUGAACCCUACCAUCAAGGUUGGCAACUACGAACCGCUUACGACGGAGACUGUGUUCCUCGGGUCCAUCCAGCAGGGCAUGCAGGCUGCGCGCAGCAUCAAGCCUGAUCAGGCGCUGAUCGCGAGUGUCGCUGCUCGGCAGCGGCAGCCUGUGCGCCCACCCGGUACGGCGUCGCCUGCGACCAGCGCGCGCGCUUCACCCCAACCGCAGCAGCCAGCCAUGAGUCUCGCAGAGGUGAAGGAGCUUGUAGGCUUGCCCACUGAGGAGCGGAACCGCCGCCUCGAUGCCGAUCCAGCAAUGAAGGCUCGCUUCGUCUCGGCAUACCAAUUCUACCAGCGCCGUAACACUCAACAGAAGCAGGGGCCACCUGGCGUUCGGCCGCCAGCGGCGGCAGGAACAUCAGCAGCGCCAUCGUUGACUGGCACACCAUCUGGCUCACCCGCGCCGCUGACAGCCACUGCGACGCCCAGUCUCCCCAGCGCUCCAGCGACGCCGAACCUCCCUCCCACUGCGGCCGCUAGACCGCCACCCGCACCGCCUGCUGCUCCAGCGGUCCCUAGUGUGCCGACGAUACCACCUCCCAUUCCUUCUCACCCCAAGCCUGCUUCACCAGCCCCAGGCCCGGCCGCUGCGCCGUCCAAGCCGACGCCUCCUCCCCAGGCCUCCACCCCAGCAACUCCUACCCUCCCCCCUCAACCCCAGCAGCCUGCCACGCAGCCAGUGCAGGCGCCUCCGCCACCUCCCGUCAUUCCACAGCGUCCGCCCUCGCCACCGCGGCCCUCACCUCCUCCACCCGAGCCCGAGCCGGUUCGCAGGCGCCGCAAGGUUCGCGAAUACCUCUGCGAGUUCGGUCCGGGCCUCCAGGUCGAGCUCGGUGUCGACGACGUCUUUGGCGAGGUCCUUGACACGUUCAUCGAGAGCGCGGCGCGCGACGCGAUCCGCCUCGCUGCUCACCGCAGCAGUCUGCGGGUUGAGCCGAAGGACGUCGCGCUCGUCCUCGGCAAGCAGCAUGGCAUCGCGGUGCCGGGCUUCGCGCAGCAGGUGCCCGAACGCGUACAUGUUCCGGAGGACAGCAGCAAGCGUGCACGGCUGGUUGCGCCGCGUGCCGCUCGCCGGCGUGAUGAUGAGUAG